UUCCAUAAUUGUCUCUAUAUAUGUCGGUCUUUAUUUCCCGUUUAGCAUUCCUGAUGCUAGAAGGAAACAUUCCUCUUUAAAAUACAGGCUGCAAUCAAUACUAGGAUCUCUCUUCUUGUGGAAUCAAGGGUAUUUUUUGGAUGCUGGCUAAUAAAAAGCAUGGGGCGCGGGCGCUACGUCUCUGGUCUUACUCUUCUUUUUCCUGAAGGAACCCACAAGGAAAACUGUGGCUGCCACAAAGUGCAAGAGGAGAAUAGAAAAAACAAGGAACCCAGUACCAGUACUCGUAGUUUGCUCCCAAAGAUGAUUAGAGAAGAGGACACCGGUAGCAGCUUUCAGAUGCCACUCCACUACCCAAAAUACACCAAGGAGGAUUAUGAAGACAUGCCUGAAUCGAAGAUUGACCUUCUCCUGGCUUCCUAUGGCUUAUCUACUCAUGGUAACUUGAACUACAAGAGAAAGUUUGUAAUGCAAGCCUUUCUGUGGCCUGAUUCUUCCACCAAAGGAAAACCAAGUUCUUGAGCCGUUUAUUAGGGCUCGCUUAGAAAACCACUUCGUUAAUAUAACUAGGUUUGUUCUACAAGCUAAGAUGAUGCAUUUGGUUAAUUAGUUUUUAACCAAAAGUUUUGAAAUGAUGCGAAGUAAAAUUCCUUUUGCAUCACGUACAUGUACUAAGAAUUAAGUGGCA